AGGCUAAACUCAGGGUAAAAUUAAGCAUUUCCAGCGCUAACAACACUCGCCUCGGCUUUGACCGAUAACCUCAACUAAACACAUACCCGCGCCGGAUUAGGCUAAAAACGGUAGAAAAUGUCUUUCUGGAGUUGUACUGUUGGUUAAUGUGUAUCGCUGUUCAUGACAGUCAACAAGCUCCUCAAUGUGCCAAGUCAGCGGUUUGCUACGUUAGCCUGCGAGCUAAUUAGCUCAGCGUUAGCUGCCUUGCUUUAGCCAGCUUUCUGGCGGUGACUCAACUACGUAAGCUACUUUGUUUGUAACAGCCUGACUGCGUGUUAUUCCGGAUAACAAAACUAAAACAAGAAGGAAAGGGAUGGUGCAGCCCCAGCCUGAUGGCCCUAUGCAGUGGGAUAUGUCAGGAGAGGACAGUGGGGGGGCCCUCAGGGUCCCACCGGAGCUCGCUGGCAAUGAAGUGGUGACCAAACUGCUGUGUGACAACCAGCAGUUAAGAGAGGCUCUGCGGCGAAGCAACCAAGCCUUGCGUCAACGCUGUGAAGAGAUGGAGGGAUGGCAGCGAAGAACGAGAGAGGAACGAGAGUUUCUCAGCUGCCGUUUUCAGGAGGCCCGGGCCCUGGUGGAGAGGCUGGCCCAGGAGAACCACUCCUUACAGAGCAUGGUGAACGGACCGAGCUCCUUUUCCUCUAAUCACUCCUGCAGCUCCAGCCAGACCGAAGAGGUGCCGGGGCGCCCGGCCAGGAACGGGCCGGUGGACGGACCACAGACUCUAGAUCACUGGGAGAGGAGGAGAGUGGAAGAGACGGAGCAGCACACACAAACCACGCCGCCUCGCAGCCUGCCAGUGGAGGGUGGAAACGAUGUUCUCCACUGGCUGAAGAUAAACAAAGAAAAACUGGAUGAAGGGAUGAAAGAAAUGAGGAGGAAGAACGAAGAGCUGGAGAGGGAGAAGGAAGAAGGUGAAAAAGAGAGAGAGCGAAUGCGUCGGUGCAUCGACCAGCUGCGAGCUAAACUGGUUCAAACACAGGUGAGCGGUGGCCCUGAAGAGGUCGUUCAUCUUCGCUCUGAGGCCCAACACUCCUCCGACUGCUCUAGCCUGGCUAAACUGACCGAGCAGCUUCAGGCCACACAGGGCAGGUAUCGGGAGCUGGAGGAGAAGCUUGAUUACCUGCAGAAGAGCUCAGCUCAGCGCGACAGGACAGAAGCUCUGCUCAAGCAGAAGGACAAGGAUUGUGCCCAGCUGGCCAAGGAUUGCGAGUCCCUGAAGGCUCAAGCAACCUCCCUGUUAGGAGAACUGAAAGAGAGACAGAGCUGCUUGGAGAAAAGCGAGCACGAGCGCAAAAUGCUGGAGGAAAUGUUGAGCAGUAAGGUGAAGGCCCUGCAGGCGACAGAGCGGGAACUUGAGCAGCAGAGGAAGCAGCAUCAUGUGGCCAUGGACAAGCUGCUGUUACAAACCCAGAGCCUGGAGCAGGCCCUGAAGACGGAGAGACAUGUCGUCACAGAGGAGAAGAAAAAACUGACACAACUUCAGCAUGCCUACACCUGUCUGUUUAGAGACUAUGAUGCCAAACUGAAGAGUGAGGUAAAAAUCCAUUUCAGCAUGUUUUUGCUUUCAUUGAUCUUUCUGUACAUCUCAAUUUUGCCAUGUUUCUUCCAGGGAGGAGAUCUUUGCAGUCGACUGGAGGAGGCGGAGCGAGCGCUGGCUCUGAAGCAGGACCUGAUAGAUAAACUGAAGGAGGAAGUGGAGCAGCUGAAAGGCUCACUUGAGACUGUCCCUGUCCUCACUGCACAGGCUGAGAUCUACAAGGCAGAUUUCCUUGCAGAGCGAGAAGCAAGAGAGAAGCUGAACCAGAAGAAGGAGGAGCUGCAGGAGCAGCUGAAUCAGACCUUGGCUGACAUUGACAGGCUCAAGCAGGAAGCCACAUCACGUGCACGUAUGGAGCAAAUGAAGCUGAGACACCUGGAAGACUUUCCUGCACGAGCCCCGCACAUUCCCCCUCCGCAAGGAGUGAUCCCUGGUUUAGCUUUUAACACGGUGCCCCCGGCUGCAUCUUUCCGUAAUCAGGGUUUGGUACCUGUCACUGUUCAAGGAGCAGCAGGAGCUGAGGAGCUGCCCGAUUUAUGUUGUCCAAAGUGCCAGUACCUGGCUCCAGAUAUGGACACACUUCAGAUACAUGUCAUGGACUGUAUACAGUAACAUGAACAUACUGUAGUUCAACACAUGAUGACGUCAGCAUCGACUUACUAAAGUUUAGAUAAUAUAUUUACAUUCAGUGUAUUUGUGCGCAGCCUGGAAAACGUGUUUGGUUCUUGCACCUUAUACAAAAACAAAUACACAAACCUGAACCCAGUGUUGAAUCUUACUGUUAAAAGUCAUGUAUGUUUGAAUCACAAUGAGUCAUAUGAAGGUAAUCAGCUGGUGAGUUAAAAAAAAAAAAAAAGCAAAGACAAACAUGUUUCCGCACAGCUGCUCCACGUAUUCAGUUUCUGCUGUAGCUCCUUUAUUCCUCAGCCUUUCAUAUCAUCAGUUUGAUCCCAACACCUUCCAUUUGCUCCCAUAUGUCCCUGUAUCCCUCCACCUGAAGUGGCUCCCCGAUGCAAAUGUCCAUCAGUAUUUGCACAUGAUUCCUGCUUUCCUUUUCAUUGCCCCAUUCCCUGUUGUUUUUCACUCUUGGAGCAAAUGAUGAAUAAACUUCUUACCAAGGAGUGAAUAUGCAUACUUUGACAGCAUCAUCCAUUCAAGACAUAAGCAGUCAUUAGACCUUAUAGAAAGUGACAGAUCAGAGGGGUAGUUUCCUCUAAAGCAGGAGAAAAUGCAUGUGAAUUACCUAGCGAGCUUUGAAUAAUUAAUACAAUAAAAAGAUGUUUUGGUUGUAAAUGUAGGUGUCUGCAUUACAUCGGAACAUGUAUUAUCAUGUAUUAGAGAUGGAUUUACUCUUGUUGGGGAAAAAAGUAGCCAUUCUCUGUGUUCUGUGCCUGUGUUCACGUUUGAGCUGAUGCUUUAUUAUGCUAGAUCUGACCCACCGCAGCUCCUGUUGUGCCCCAUAUUCUGUCUUAGCUUUACCUGUGGCAAACAGCUAUUUAUCUAUAUGAAUGUGAGCAGUUUCUUUGCAGUUUUUGUGAAUAUUGUUUAUUAUAUUUGUUGCAAAGCUUCAAACUGUUGGGUAUUUACACAAUAAAUCAGUUAUUCAAUUGUC